GCGACCAUCCGUCGUUGAAGCAAGUAUGGGUGAGUGAACGCCAGUUUCGCUCACGGCGAUACUCUCCGAAAGCUCGCGUACGUACUUUGCCGUGUUUAUGUUAAUUUACCGGCCCGGUUCGGAUCCCAAUUUUUCCCGAUACAUUCCCACGAAACGCGCUGUUUGGGUUGCGUAUUGCUCCCUUUUGCGUGCCGAUACGUCAUAAGAUCACAUGUUUGAAGCUAACAACAUCGCGUCCGUGUGCUUUUCCCAUUAGGAAAAAUCGGUGAACGGAGUGCAAACAUAUACGAUCGAAAAUUGUAAUUCUGUUUUUUUUUGUUGUGCUGUGUUCGGCCCUGUUUGUUCUUGUGCGCUUUCGAGCCCCUGUCGAUACUUUUUGCUCAUCCGUAGACCGGUAAACCGUCAAGGUCGCGACCAAACCAAUGCGUGUGCGUAUUUUGAAAGGAGAAGAAAAAAGACCGGUAAAGUGUUGUAAAUUUUAAAUUUUCGGUAACGUCCUUCAGAUCACACAACGCAUCUCCGUCUUGUGCGGAAAAUCAGUCUCCAUUUAAUGGCCAACGCCGGUCGGGGGGAGUGAGUGCCCCUCCGGCAGCGGAACGCUUUCGGUUGCUUCGAUUCGAUUGUGUUGAUUCAUGGUGGCCGGAUGAAAGGGCAGAGUAGCAGGGGGAGGGAGGGUUUGGUUUUCCCACAAAACAAAUCAUUACUGCCAUCGUGACAGUGCUUUACUUUAAUUAGUGUAAUGUUCAUGCAUGGUUUCAAAAGUGAAUGUUCAAUGUGCACGUGUGUGUGUGUUGUUUGUCUCUUAUUUUCGUAAGCUUCUUUUGAGCAGGUUUGAAAGGUUUUCGGUGCGUUUAAAUUUAACUCAACCAAUCAUCAUCUCCAGUUUGUGUAAGAAGCGAAACGAAUUAUGAUUAAAUCUACUCAUCUUUACAAAGUGCUUACAGUGUUUGUGUUUGUGUAAUAAUUACAUCGGUGUUUGCGAAUGGAUGAACGGAUUAUACGCGACACAGGAAUGCUGAGCACCAACAAUGAUCGAUCAUCUUAGCGUUUAAAAAAAAUAAGAAGUUCGAUGGCCCCAAGAGCAUGGUACGAAAUUCAAGGAUGCAACGCAAAUAGAACAUUUACCGGCAACACCUCACCACAAUAUCCUGUUGUCGUAAUGAAAGUGACAGUGAAAUGUGAAACUCAAUACACGCCGUAAAGAAUCAUCUGCGGGAGAAAGGAGCGAACAGCUCUAGACAAUGAAACGACACAAACGCUCCUGUCGGUAUGUGCAUUCGGAAAAGACUUGUACCGCAUUGUGUCAGUUUGUGUUCUUAUUGUUCCGUGCAAACCCAAAUAACAUUCUCUGUGAAAGUGAGCCGCUCUAGCUGGGAGUGAGCUGUGCGACUGUGUGUGUGUGCGUAAUCAGGACAGUGGCAACCCUUCCACCCACCGUAAGAUGCCGUGGGGUUGCCUCUGUUCAAAGGAGAAAAAACGGCCCCAAAUCAGCAGUCCGAUACUGAACCCGGAGGAUACCCAGAAGCUCCAGUUACUUCCCGCCGUUAGACGUCCGCUGCUAUCGGACGCGGAGAAACUCGAGCAACGGUUGCUGGCCCCGAACCGGAACGCCGACUUUGACAACGAGAGCAGCGAGGAGACGCAGCCUCCGAACGAUGCCGGCCGUGAUAGACUCCAGCAGCAGCUGCUCCAAAAGUCGCGCCUCAAGUCCUCGAAUCUCAAGAGCACGACCUACACCCGCAACACCGAAAACGACAAGCUAACGCGCCACCUGAACACGGUCAAGUUUAGCUUCGACGAGCCCGUUCCCCAAAAGCCGGAAAAUGCAGCGGCGGAGGGCGCACCGAAGCCUCAGCGGAAGUUGUCAGACCGUGGCGAGCCACCGCCCAAGCCGGACCGUCGCAUAACGACCACCACGCAGCAGAUUGUGGUGAAGCUGCCGGAAACGGUGGCAAACGUAUCGCUGGAACAUCAGCAAAGCGGCGCCGGCAGGGAUGAGAUCGAUUGCAAUGGAAAUGGGAACUACGAUGUCGUGGUGCCGUCGAUAAAAGUCUGUGACGACGGUGGUGUCCAGAGCGACGGCAAAGCGACUGCACCGGUUGACGAGAACAAGAACGAAAUCAUAGCGCCGGGCAGCAGCGAGGGUAGCAUACCGUUCAUUGACGAAGAUCCGUCGCAGAUACUGAGACAGCUGAAUGCCAAUCCCCAGCGAGGUCAAAAUUUCCAUGACGCUCGUAUCAUUACGCUCACACCAAAGAAUGUAGGAUCGGAGGCGACGCGGGCGACGGCGGCCGCGGUGGCCAGCGACCAGGCGCACCGGGAGGCACAGUUGCGCCUGCUGGCGGACACGAAAAAGUUUACCCGUUUUCUGGUGGAAGCACCGCCGGUGGCGAGUGUUGAGGCGGUAAAGUUUACGCACAUUUUCCAGAUUCUGCCACCGUCGUACGAUCGGUUGUGUCAGCAGUGCCACAAGGCGCUCCAUCUGGACAUUGGAUUGCGCUGCGUGGUGUGCGAUUUCACCUGCCAUCAGCAGUGCGUGCGACUAGAAAAGAAAAAUGGCCGGGAAGAGGAACAGCAAACAAUCAACAAGUACAACUCGCUACCACUGCAUACGAUCAACGCCCAGCAGCAGCAGCAGCAACAGCCCAGGCCAACCACAAACCUGAACCAUGUAAAUAACAACCAUUACCAUAAUUAUUCGCUUCAACCGUACUACAACCGGCAGCAACAGCAGCAUCAGCAGCAGCAGCAGCAACUACAGCAUCACUCGUAUCCUGUCGCACGAAUCGACGAGGAACCGGCGGCCCAAUCGCUCCGGCUAAACUACGUGACGGAGCGGAUUCUCGCGUCAACGUUACCGGCCCGGCGGCUUCAGAAUGGCUCGUCGUCACCGCACACCCCGAACGGCACGCCGCCCGUCGACGAGCACGAGCGCGAACUCAUCAACAUGCUGGAACAGAAGCAUAAGCAGAACUACCGGAUACUGGAUCUGGAGGCGCGUCUCGUCAACAUCACGCUCGAGAAGCUGUGCGAGCUGUGCAAAUACAUCGAUUCCUGGCUGGGCAGCGGGAAGGAAAAGAUUGUCGUUCUACAGGACAGGGAAGAUAAACAUCGGCUCGGGACGGCGAUCGCAGCGUACCUGCAGUAUCAAAAAAUCUGCGGCUCGAACAUUCCGCAAGCUAGCGGCCACUCGAAGAAUUCCCUUUCGCCCGGCGGUACCGACAAUGGGCGGCGGACGCCCACCUGGCUCGAUCUGGACAUCUACUCGAUGCAAAAGUUUCUGGAAACGGUCGCUGGUCCAUUGCGCAUUCCUUCCCACAGGAGAUACAUUCAAUACUUCUCCGGGCUGCUGUCGGGUGUGAUCAAGUUGAAUUCGUCCUCCUUCUUCCUGAAAGCGAUACGGGUCGAAUCGCCGCCAUGUUUGCACUACCGUGCCAUAACCGUCAACAGCGAGUGGCGCAGCUUCAUCAAGAUCUUCGAGGGCGUCCGGUGUCUGUUCACCUCCGACAUCUACGUCAUACCGAUCACGACGCGGCACUUCAUCUACGAGAUCAAGCAUCCGCUGCGGUUGCGCGGCGACAUCCUGGUCCGCUGCUACCAGAUCAUACCAAAUAACAACAAGGCGACGUACGAGAAGGAGCUGAUCGCGUCCGUGCAAUUUCACACAUGUGCCAUAACCGAAAAGGAAGUACAAUUCACCAAGGGAGAUGUAGACUUCGCGUGCGAAGACGAGCGCUUCUCCGCCGAGCACAGGAUGACGUUCUGCUUCGACACCGUGCCGAACGAGCGGCCGAUGAUACUAGUGUUCCAGGAUCCGCUCGUGCGCAUAGAGCCGAUCGCGGAGAACGGUGAUCUGCUGGAAACGAUCAAUGAAGGUUGGUCCAAAAAAGAUGAGUCCGGCCAUACGCAGGGUCCGCUGGAUGGAUCGCUGUACGCGACGAUACUGAAGAGCCCCAAGUCGCCGACGGCAACGACGCACCUCAUCUCGCCGCCGGCCGAGUUCAGCAACGGCAGCAGCAAGUCGUUGCUGCUGCUGAACGGCAACGGUCCACCGCCCCCGGUGCCGGAGCGUUCCAAGACGCCGAACUCGAUCUAUCUCAGCCAGAACGGGACGCCCCGCAGUACGCCGGUACCGUUUGCGCUGGCACCGCCACCCGCCGCCAGCCCAGCGUUCGGGGACAGGAGUGUUAGGGCCGUGUCGAGUGCGAGCAAUAGUGUCAGCGUGAACAGCAGCUACAGCUCGUACCAGAGCGCCAGCCCGGGUGUCGCCAGCGUACCCGAUGGUGGCAGUCCCGGAGCGACACUAGCGACGCCCGGCGGUACGAAAGCGAGACCACCGUCCGCUCAGCAGGUCGAUGGCCGCGAGUCGGUGCGCAGUCCGCUGACGGUGUCCAUGGACUCGGGCAUCUCGAGCAGUGGCCCAGUUAAUCGUCGCGUACAGGGAUCCAGCGUUUCGCCGUCAAGUUUUCCGAGCCCCCAAGCUAGUCCGCAAGAUGAUCGCCACCGGGAGCUGGACGACCUGCUGUCCGAUAUGAUGCUCACCGUGCAAGGCAUCCCGGACGUUGGCCAAAAAGCAGACCAAACAGACCAUCAUCAAUCGCAGCAGCCGCAGCAGCAACAGCAGCAUCAACAUCAUCAUCACCACCAUCAUCAUCAUCAUCAGAAUCCCAACGAUCACUUCGUCAACACGAACACCGACACGAUCAAGCGCUCGCAUUCGGCCCAGCUGCCGCAGCGCGAGGACGCCCGCUCGCGCACCCCACUCACAGCCGUGAGUGACUACUCGCCCGCCACGGCGGCUGCGGCGGCUGCGGCGGCGGCGGCCGCAAAGGAGCGCGAGCUGCUCAUGUACGAAACGUCCAGCACGACGACCACGCUCACGCCACCGCCGAGCGAGAGUGGCCGCGAGACGCCACUGCUGAGUGGCCCGUCGUACGCAGCAGCAGCAGCGGGCACGAUUCGCGAACGCGAGCUGCAAAAUAUAAAUAACAAUAAUCUGACGCCAGCCGAGCGCGAGCUGAUCAUGAGCGUGCAGCGCCACCAGCAUCAGUCGCUUGCGUAUCCUCGACCAGCGCGGUCGACCACGGGAGCAUCGGAACGGUUCACCUCGGACGACGACGACGAUCUGCUGGUGCACGGCGGCACCGGCUCUGUUGCCCAGAUCCCGUACCACGCGCGGGAAGACUCGCGCCCGUUCACGUACGGCAACAUACCGGCGACCGGGACGCCGCAGCAGCCGCCGGCCGCCACCAUGCUCAAGAUGCAGUCGGGCCUGUCCAGCCCGUCGAUGGUGCGGAAGGCGCUCGGGACACCUACCGCGUCCCGCAAGACCGCCGGCACCCUGCCCCGCAAUGACUUCGAGGAGAUGCUGCGCGAACGGCGCGAAAAAGUGCUCAGUGAAAAGUACACCAUCGGCGAUCAGUCGCCCGGUGGUGGCAUGAUGGUCAGUGACACCAUCAACAACAACAGCAGCGGAGAUGGCCGAUGGACCUACCAGCAGCAUCACACGGUGAAAACGGUCACAACGCAGGGCGGCGGCGGCGGCGCUGGGACUCCGAACGGCUACCCGGCCCACGAACCGCUGAAGCGCUCCAACACGAUGGACGGCAGCUUCGGACGCCAGUUCUCCAACGAAGGAAUAUCCGGCCAGUCGUGGCUCCAGUUACAGCAGCAAAAGCUAAGGGCACGCCGGGAGCAGCAGCGGCGGGAACAUUCGAAUAGUUUUAGUUACAACUACGGCAGUCCGGCCUUCCCGACAGCCGGCGAGAAUGCGUACAGCACGACGCACCGUCGCAGCCAAACACUGUCGCCGGUGCGGAACGAGCGGAACUAUCACACGCUUACCACGACCCGGACCCACUCGACGGAGCGGCCGUUUGUGGCGGUACAGCGAGCGCACGACAACGCCAAGCUCCAGACAAUUGGGAAUGCACCACUCUCCAUCUUGAAUGCCUCACCGCACGGUCACAUUGCACAAGCCCAAACAGCACCUUCAUCCUCCACACCAUCGCCAUCGGCGGUGUCGUCCCCGUCGCCGGUACCGACGGCCAACGGCAACACCACUACCACCAGCAGCAGCAGCACCAACAACACAUCGGUAUCGAUCACCCAUCAUCAUCAGACGGUUAAUGGAGGCGGUAGCCCGGUCAAUGGUCACGCAACGCCCCAACCGCAGCAUCGGCACGUCAACGGCAAUGGCGCACAUUAUCAGCAGCAGCAGCAGCAACAGCAACUUAACAACAGCCUGAACGGCAGCAGCGGACUAUUGUCCCUUGCCGAGCAGGACCACUCGACUCCGAAACACGGACAGGUUCGAUUGGAGUCCGAACAGAUCAUAUUCAGUAACAUACACAGUCUGAACAAUCUCGCUAACUGCGAAAAGCUCAAUAACCUGCUAAACGAAAUAACCAACAGUGCGGCGGCGGUCGCGUCCGUUGCGUCGCCCGAGCCGAUGAAGGGGGCCGCCACGGGUGGCCCGGACGCAUGCAAUACUAGCCCUAACACUACUACCUUCAGUGUAACUACCACCAGCUCCUCCUCGUCUGCUUCCUCCAUGUCCACUAGCAAUCAUAGUGCAGGUCACAUUAAUCAAACGCAUCAUCUAAUCGAUACGCCGUACCAUGAACAUCAUCAUCAUCCACCAACGCCGAACGCUCACCAACGCCACCAAAAUGGCUGCCACCGUAAUGGCGAGCAGGAACCGAUGGAGCUGUCCUCCUCGCCGGAGGGUAGCGUCGAUGAGAAGCCGCCACCACCACCACCGUCGUCCACCAAUGGUGAGCGACUGCGUAAUGGGCACUCGAACUCCUCCAGCUCCUCCGACAGUGCGAUCGGUGGCCAUGGGCAGCUGGCCCUCGAUAAGCUGCUCGCCUCCUUGGCGCUCGAAAGUGACGUUACGGAAGAGCAUCUGGCCAAGAUUGAAGGACGCGCCGCCACCAACGGGGUGCCGUGCUAUGCCGAGCAGCGGCGGCCCACCUUCCAUCCGUCGGCCGAACUGUCGGACGUGCUGGCCAAUCUGGCCGAGUACGAUCUGAGCGAAACGCAGCAGCGCAAUGGCAACCACCUGCUGUACCACUAUCAGCAGCAGCAGCACCAGAACAACGCCUCCUCGUCCUCGUCGUCGGGUGAUACUACCACGACCAACGGCAACUAUCGGCUGUAUCCAACCCACGGCUCGGAGCUGGCGAACGUUGGUGGUGGCUUCAACACGCUAAGCAAUGGUGGUAGUAGUAGUAGUCAACACCAACGUAGCGCGAGUCGCACGAGCAGUAACGACGCAGCCGCUGCACAGCAGCAACAGCAGUCACAAAACAGCUCGCCGAACGUACAGCAGCAGCAGCAGCAGCAACUCCAUCACCACCACCACCACCACCAUCAUCCCCAUCAUUCGUUACUAAUGAAUAACCACGUGCGACGAAUCGCGUCCGAAACCGACAGCACCAUCUCAUCCAUUUCGCCUAGCUUGUCCGAACGCAGCAAUGCGAUCUCUUGGUGCGAUCAGGCUCGAGAAGAAUCCUUCUCGUCGUACCGCUCGGAAACGGAGCCGGACAACUCACCGAUGGGUGGAUCACCGCGGCCAGAAACGCCGGCCUUCCCUGUCACGCCACGCACACCGUACGGGCUGAGCAAUGGUACCUCCAGUCCCGCUCUGCCACCCAAGAGUCCGACAUCACAACGCCGAAAAAAUGUCCUCUUUAAACAGCUCGAGAAGCUUGCGCUUGCCAAAGCAUCCCUGUUUCAGUGCGUUGCACCGGUCCUUGAAAAACGGGCGCAGGGUUGUACAUUUUCCUAUGACAAGGACCUGUUCAGUGGCAACCAGCAGCGGACCCAGGAGCUCGUCAACCAGAACGAAACCCUCUCCUGCUACACGUCGCGCCGCAACUCGACCACCUCGAACGCGAACAGCGAACCGCAGGAGGUGGCCCCCCAGUUCGUGAAGUUUGCGCGCGACUCCUCCAAGUACUGGUACAAGCCGAAUAUUAGCCGGGAGGAAGCGAUCGCCCUGUUGCGCAAUGCGGCGCCGGGCACGUUCAUCGUGCGCGAUUCGACCACCUUCGCCAACGCGUACGGUUUGGUGGUGAAGGUGAACCAUCCGCCGCCGGGCGUCCAGUACACCGGCCCGAACAGUGAGGAGCUGGUGCGCCACUUUCUGGUCGAGCCGACGAUCCGGGGCGUCCGGUUGAAGGGCUGCGCCAACGAGCCCGUCUUCACCUCACUGUCGGCGCUGGUGUACCAGCAUUCGAUUACGCCGCUAGCCCUACCGUGCCGGUUGAUCAUCCCCGAUAUGGACCUUCAACAGAUGGAGCAUCAGACACCGGCGCAGCAGCAGUUACUACAGCAGGGUGCAGCCUGUAACGUGCUGUACUUGUUCACCUGCGACACAGAGUCACUUACAGGACCUCAAGCAAUAAGGAAGGCGGUCAGUUCGUUGCUUGCACUACGGCCUCUUCCCAAACCGACGCAAGUGCACUUCAAGGCCUCGUUGCAGGGUAUCACACUGACAGACAACACGCGGCAAUUGUUCUUUAGGCGACACUACCCAUCAAACAAUGUGUCAUUCUGUGCGCUCGAUCCGGACGAUCGUCGAUGGAGCAUCCAGUCGACUACGGGAGAUAUUCCCGCUUCCAAACGUAUGUUCGCGUUCGUCGCCAAGCGGUCACCCUCGUCGGCCGACAAUCAGUGUCACGUGUUCUGUGAGCUGGAACCAACGCAACCGGCGGCGGCCAUCAUACAGUUUGCCAACAAGGUGCUCAGCGGUACCAGUCAGCAGCCCGCAGUUACCAGAGCAAUCUGAGCAGAAUGAGCAGCAUAUAUCCGGGAUGUACGCCCGAGGCACAUUUAUACAGAGCCGCUAACGCAUGCACAACACAGCAUCCACUGUCGUCGUAUGGCAAACAAUACAACAGAGAAAGCGUACAGAACAGUGGAAAAGCGCGUAUUGUUGUACUAAUAAAACUUAAACAAACCCGCAAACCGCAAGGAUCGAAAACGCACGAAACGCGCAUUAAUUAAACCACGGCAGGAUGUAAACGUUUUAACAUUGCACACCCGUUGUAGUUCACGACGGCACACGCAUAUAUGUGCACACAGGCGAAUGAGCAGCAUACUAAAACAACCAUACUUAACACGGUGCGUUUUGAACGUGUGCCACGUGGCGCGCCCAUUGUUACUCACGACACACAACAACAACAGCAAAAAAGAACAACCGCCAACUACCAUUUUAUUGUGUAAUUGUGUAAUUAUUACUUACUAUAAUUUAGCCAUAUGCGUAGGGCAGCAUCCAUGUAACCCCGUCAUCUCACCCAGUCUCUCCCCAUUAGUUUCGCUGUGUAUGUGUUAAACGAUAGCAAACGCCCUACACUAACAGACUAUCUCCCACACGGUUGUAUACACUACUUCUUUGCUGUCCUUUUCCGUUGCGUUUCCUUCGUGAGAACAAAAAAAUUAAUAAUAAUAAUAAUAGUUAAACAAAUUGUUAGCCUUUUGUACAGCGGAGUGCUUUCGUGAGAGCCACACGCCAACUACUAAUACACGCGUUGUUUUAGAUAGUGUGUAGUGGGUGCGAUAAUCUGAAAUAUAGUAACGAAGAAAUCAAACCAA